ACAUGUAAUGGUCGAAUAUGGACCAAACCAAAGGUUAGCUGUUUGGUGAGAAGGUAAAGCAUUUAAGAUAGGAAAGACUAUUGAGUUUUUUGAAUACAUACUGACACGUAUUGCACAGAGAUAUAUGUCAUGCCAUGAAUAGGGAUUGCAAAAUAGGUUGAGUUGGCAUUUAAAAUUUCGGUAAGUGCAGAAGAAAUCAUUUCUUCAAGUGUUUAAAAUAGUACUAGAAUAAUGAAGUGGAACUAGCCGUUUCUAAAUACCAUCUUUCGUGGCGGUUGUUCAUUAGGAAAUCAUUUGUGGUGAUUCACACUAUCCCCUAUAAUAACUGUUCAUAGCUGAGAUAUAUAGAGACAAUUUUAAAGCGCCGCAAUGAGUCUAGAGUAAUAAAGGAAGCAGUUGAUUUGCUCUAUGAAUUGCUUCAAGACCGUUCUGGUUGGAAUAAAAGUUUCUGCGAAAAACUUUCUGAGCAUUCCACCACGGUUAAUUACCUUGUUACCAUUCUAAACGGACCUGUCAGCGAUUCAAUUGAAACUGCAGAAAAGAUUUUGACGGAGCUUUAAAAUUGAGAGGUGUGUGAUUUGAUCUGAGUUGUUAGCUGAGUUUGUUGGUGGAAAAGGAAAGGAAAGAUGUCAUCACUGGGAACUUCAAAGGUGAUUCUAGAGAUCACCAAGUUUGGGGUUUACGUUACUGUACCCAUCGUUCUUAUGUACGUUUAUGCCAGCAAUACCGACAACACCCUCCACAAGUUCAUCGGAAAAAAAUCAUACGUUGAAUAUCCCAAGGAUAUACAAAAGCCACCACCACCAGAGGAGCUUAGAGAGAUGGCGAGGGAGAUAACUCGCAAAAGGAACAACCCCUGAUGCUUCUUGUAGGUUGGUUGUGCUUUAGUGAUUAUGUACUAGUAUCUAUAUCACUUUAAAUGUGCCAUUGUUAUAUAUAAUGUUCAAUGACUUCUAAGCAUUUUCAAUAAAAGGUUUUUUUAUCCUUAUUUGCGAAACUCUUAAGUUGUAACAUAUUUUUACUUUCUUUCUGGGAUGUUAGGGAUUGAUUCAGUGUUGUCAAAUAUUGGCCAUGGCGGAUAUUGGUGGCACUUUUUUGGCUCUCUACCAUGGCCAAGUUUGGGAAGGAUGGUGCGCCCAAUAUAUCAGAUUUUUCACUCUCUUCCAUGGUCUGCCAUUGAUAACACUGGAUUGAUUAUAGACUUUGAACUGAAUGAGGUUGAUGUUGAGUUAUGGUUACUAUUGACUAAUGUUGUCAAAUAGCGGCCAUAAUGGAUAACUAUUUUUCUACGGUACACUAUUAGUAUAAAAUAUUUUCGAACAACAGCACUGUAUUUGAUCAAAUUGCUAUUUUCUAUGAUUGACAACAUUGUUACCAACUUGAAUUCUAAGCUUUUGCCUGGUUACUUUCCUGACAUAUAGAUAAUUUGGGAUUACCGGUGAGCAAAGAUAAUAAUUUAUUGUUUCAUUCAGUCUUUAAGGAUUUGUGAUAUGAGUUUCUGUGAAUGACAAAACUAUUGCAGUUCAUCUUCUUUA